UGAAGGCUAUUUUCCGUUUGAUCUGUCGCAAAGUAAAUAAACAAUGACUUUAGUGUUCCGUCAAGGUGAACUAGCGUGGAUGUCGCCUAAGUCUGCCGAUACCAUCCGGAUGCUAUCAGCGCUUUUAGAUGUACUAAUACAGUGUGAUUGUGGUGAUAACAACGAAGUUAUUUCGGGGCACCAUGGCCUUCCUGUUUACAACUAACAAAAUCAUAGAACUACGACAAGUUCAAGAAGCUGAGCUUCGUUAUCUGAUGGUUAAAUGAUAGUUCCAUUUAAUACAGGUGUUUAACAGGUCUGUGAUGCGACUUCAUCGAGAUGAAUCCAGAUCAACCAUCACCAGACCGGGGGACGGAAUCUAUCAAAAUGGCGAAUCGUGAUGAGGAGUGCUACCUUCCGAUGACACCCGAUGAGCUUAAUGAUCUGCGUAAAGUUAUUGAUAAAUUGCCAAGUUCCCGACAAAAUGGUGUCUUGUGUAGAGUGUUGGAAUCAGUUAGUCACGGUGUUAACUUCAAUGGCCCUUCAUGCCAAGAUAUGUACGUGUACAUUGUUCAACGACUGCCGAUCUCUUCAAUAGACGCGUGUAGAAGAACGUACGCAGCGUUGAAGCGAUGUGGCCGCGAACGAAACAUGACGAAGUUGUUCAAUUCACUCGUUGAGUCGCUCCUUCGAUCUCUUCAGCAGACGCUCAUUGACCAGCUGACAGUCGAUGACCUCAAUCAGUUGGUGAUUGCUGCCCCCGAAGCUGAGAGUUUGGAUUUUAUCAAUGAGGUCAUUGAUGAAAAUAGGAUUCUGCCUGUGCGGCGAUUCUAUACGGGACCAUUAGACGAAAAUAAAGCAUACCAAGCACUCGAGUCAGCCGGCUACGGUUUUAACAGUAUAGAAGAUCUUCUCGAAUGCAUUGAAUCUAAAAACAUCGAGCAUCCUGGUUGUAUCAAGCAGGCACGCGUUAUGCUGCUAUCGAUCUUCUCUCGCCAUGACGACCUAGUCGAGAGGCAGAUGAAGACUAUUUCAGUCGUAACGAACAGGAUUGGUUACUGUCCGCUUGAAGCACUGCCAGUUCUCGUUAACAUAUUACGUUGCAACCAUAGACGGACAGACUACCCGUUCGCUUUGGCCUGUGUCGGCAAUCUGGACCUCGCCGCACUUGAUGCUAACGAGUUCCUCAAUUUGACAAUUUUGUUACUUCAACUGCGCCACUAUGCGCCUGUCUUCUUUAAAGAAGUUCUGAUAACUCUGAAUAAACUGUUUGACAAAGUAUCGAAUUCCUACAGCAUCCAAGAAAGGAAAAAUAUACAAAAUAAGGUUCUUGACAUGUUGUUAGAAAUUGCAAUAAAUACACGUGAAAAAGAAUGCCAAUUGCAGCUAGUAGCGUUUACCGAGAAGCUUCAGAGGCAGGGUGUUCAGCCGAAUAGAGACAUUUAUGUAACACUCAUUGACAACGCGAACAGCGUUUCCGUAAUCAACCAAAUCUGUGGCAUCCUUCUACGACUAGAAGAAGGGGGCGCCAAGCCUGAUCGUAAGUUAAUAGCCAAAGUCAACAAAGCCGUCCUAACAUGGUACCCAGUGAGCAAAAAGCGAAAGCGAACUAACGAGCGAUUAGAACUAAUCAGACAUGAACAGCCCAACGUCUAUAACUACACUAACAGAACAUGAUAGAAAACAAAAAAAAUAUACAAAUGUGUAUGACGGUGUAGCAAGGGCAACAACAGCUAUGUAUGAAGCAGCUUUGUGUGAAUCGCAGCUGUACCAAAAUUGAACGGAUCCGACAAAAUAUGAUGCCUAAAUAUUUUCGAUAUCGAAGUAAUGGUGAGGUUAGGUAAGGAGUCAAAGAAACGAAAGAAAUACUUUAAACGAGUGCAAUUGAAAGGAAUUAGGUAGUCACAUUAGCGUUCGUUCACUUCAGAGGGUUAUAGACGGGCGUGUUGUACAUGUCGUACAUUUAUACGGUGCAGAUAUUAUAAAAGUCAUCACUUUCACAUAGAAUGCAUAAAAUAAUAUUUUGUUAUUCAGGCGCUCCGUUCUGCUUCUGCAAUCCAUAGUCAUCGUACCGUUGUAUACACGGUUAUUAUAUUAUAGAAAAUAAAUACCUCAUCAAGCUUAAUGGUGGGCUUGUUCAACAUGGCGUUUGCGAAACGUCUUUAGGCUUCUUGUCACCCGCUGUUUCUAGAAAUAUUUCUCAGAACGAAAAAGUGGAUUCAUCUAAUACGCUUAGUGUGCCUUUUAAUAACAUUCAAUCUAAUCGUCACACAUGAGCCUGUUUAUAUUUUUCAACCUGACCUAGCUAACUCUCUAAGAAAAAAACUUAGGUGAUGAGGAAAUAACUUGCCUCUGCACCCUUACAAUUAAAUCAUGGCGGGCCAUUAAUGUUGUAUGUGCCAAUCGGGGCUGUGGUUGACGCGGGCAGUCGAUGAAAUAUACAGUGCGUAUGAGUCCUCAACUAUUAGCAAACGCAUAGCUUGCACUCCCUUUAUAAACGAAGACUUUGAGCUCGAAGUCCAGCCCCAACCUGGACAGCUUCUGGUAGCGAUGCUGGCAAAUGAAAGCUUCCUUUCGUCAAAAGAGGCUGAACGCACCUCUGUGUUUCAGACAAAAUCCGUUGGAUCUAUUUGUGUGGCGAAAAAUACGUAAAACUCAAGAGUUCGGGUGCUCCAUAAACUGAAUUAUCGCUCCCUACGCGUACUGGCCUGCGAUUAGUUUCUAAUGGAAAAGCUGACCUUUUUAUUUUCUAUCUACUUUAAGGAUGGUCGUGGAUGCAAGGUAAAUAAAUGUUGUACUAACAUGAACAUGGCCAAAAAGAACCAUAAAAUAAGAAAAGUAGUGCUUGCUAAGCAAGGCUAUUCUUUCAUAAAGGUAAUUGUAGUCGUUAGGACCAGUUAUACGCAUAAAGUUUUAGUUCGCUAGCGGCUCUAUCGUUCCUAUCCGACAGCUUUAAUCUUGGUUUUAACAUGAAACGGUGGAAUGACUGUCACAUGUCUUGUGCUCAGAUGAAUUUAUUAAAAACUACGUAAAACGAAUUUAGAUCAGCUUAUUGGGUUUAUUUUCUGAAAAAACGGUAUUAUGAACCUAUCAAAGGACCCAGUAGCUAAAUACACUUCAUUCAAUACGUCCUUCGGAGGGGCCAAAAGGAGCGCUUUCUCAGAAUAUAUAUCAAACUGACGCAAACGGAACCGAACAGCUCUAUUUCUGUUCGAAAUUUUUAACAUACGCAAUUUCUUGCCAUCAUCAUCAUCAUAUCCUAUUAUUUAUACUAGUAAAAUUUUGUGCAUCUGUCUGUUUGUUCCCAUAAAAUGUCUUCGGCACCCUAAAGUCGAUUCCCAUAUAGGCCAUAUAGACAAUGAACUACCCAAUUGUGUGUGAGAACUAAUUUCUUCUGCGGCUCGAAUUUUUAAGAAAUAGUUUCUUUACUCUUUACGGCAAUUUUCUCUACAAUGAGCGACACUGUCACACUCACAAAAUUAACAUGGAAAAAAGUACAGCUCCAAUUAUUAAACUGUUUAUUAUUCAUGUCGUUGAGGAACGAGACAAGUGUUAAUCUGCGAAAAUUGGUAAAAAUUAGUGAAGUGUAUGUAAAUAAUGCCCACGAGUGGGUUAAUUGUAAUGGAACAUCUGGGGCAAGAUAAUGAAAUCAGCGGGAAAAACUACGGAAUCAUCCAACGAAGGAAAAAUCAAUGAUGCAACAAGAUACUGUCUUAAGCAGACUGCUUACGUCUACGCCGUACUUAAGGUUAUUGUGGCUUUAUAAAGCUAAAAACAAAUUAAAUAGCUCUGUUAACUGAAAAUAAAGCGACGCUAUAUGCACAGGCCUUAAUGUCAAUUAUUAAAGAGAAGGGAUAAUUUUACUAAGAAAAAUGUACUUUAACGAACAAUUCAACAAAGUGGAAAAUAAUUAUUGUAUUAGUAAUUAAUUAUGCCUAUUAUUAAACAGCUCUGUAGGACCUCAUACUCCUGACAGGUAUCACUCAAAUGAUUAUGCUGACUCAGCAUUUACGUACGCUAUCCGUUCUCACUCCCAAUAAUUUCAAAAGCCUCGUGGCAGAUUGUGCUCGUCCCACUGUUGCGCGCACCGCCACCUCGUCGAACACUGUCACUUACAAAACUCGUAUAUCAGUCUUCUCCCUAACGCCUCGUGACAUGCAUGUCUGCAAACGUUUGAUGAACAAACGGAGGAGAAAUCGAGAUACAUGCUCCCGUCACAGCAGCCUUCGAACUAGGAGAAGAAAGUAGGUUGGAAGUCAGUCGUCGCCGCUGUCUCCCCCGGGCCAGUCUGUCGGCAUGCCAGUAAGGCUGCCAUAGGGAUAUCGCUGUUCAGUUUGACCGUCCGCUAUCCACUUGUCAUCUUCCUCUACAACACUUCCCUUGGAGAGUCAUCUUCAUGUCGAUAUCUUUAAACGACGGCAGUUUUUUUCUUCCGCUACCAAUGUUACUGCUGCUGGAGGGCGCAGCCAUCGACGACAACUGGCGACUAAAGCGACACCAAACCCUGAUACAGUCAACGAUGUCGGAGAGAGCAUCACAUCAGCGUCGAUCACCUCUCCCGUGCAUUACAUUCCAUUUUACCUACGCCUCCCUUUUGCAAUACCAGCUUCGUUUCCAUGAUUUGAAUACCCGAAUACAAGUAUAAACUCGACCCCACAAAUCGAGUCACCGGUCGUACGAGCUACCCUCUUCCUACUCCUCUUCCUUCAAGGGGCAAGAUUUCUUGUGCAACCGACGUUGCCUUUCUCUCAACUACUUUCACCAUCUACUACGAAGAUCAUCGCCUUUAGAAGUGCUGCUUCUAGAGCCUACGUACGUAGAGCAACGUACUGUGACGAUGUCUUUCAUUCCGGGGGAGAGCAGAAACGGGGUUAAAGAGGAAUAGCA